AUGUCUCUUAAGCUUCAAGAUAUUUAUCAUCAAGAGGAAGUAGAGGGAUAUAUCUUUGAGAAGAAUGUUACAGUACCAAGAGAGACUGGCGAGGCCGCUGGCAAUGUCUUACGUGUGAAUGUGUACCGACCACCAAUACCCGGAAAGUAUCCAGUUAUAGUGACAUUUGGUCCAUAUGGGAAGGACUGGCACUAUUCAACAUUCGCCGCCCCUUCAUAUGCCGCCAUUUCCGAGUCGCAGAAGUCGAUCCACUCGUCAUGGGAAACACCAAGCCCAAAGUAUUGGACGGCUCAUGGCUAUGUCGUUGUUCGCGCAGAUGAGGGAGGCCUCGGCCAAAGUCCCGGCAAGAUGAACGUUCUCAGUAAGCAGACAGUCGAUGGCUUCUUUGACGUGAUUCAAUGGGCCGCCGAGCAACCGUGGAGUAGUGGCAAAGUCGGAUUACUUGGACUGAGUUACUAUGCUGCGACUCAAUGGAUGGUCGCUGCCCGUCAUCCCAAGGGGCUCGAGGCCAUGAUUCCAUGGGAGGGCUUCUCUGAUGUCUACCGAGAUUGUGCACGUCACGGCGGCAUCGCUUCUAACGGUUUUUUGGAGUGGUGGUGGAAUAACUCUCUUCGAGGAAAUCAAUACGGUUAUCCGACGCCAGAGGAAAAGCCCGGGCGUCCAAAUACCGAGGAGGGCAAGUUGACGCCGGAAGAGCUUGCCGAGAAUCGAGUUGUGAUCUAUGACGCCAUCGCGGAGAAUGAGUUUGCUGACCAAGACUUCAAUUCCGAGAGGGAAUUCAAAUUGGCGGAUAUCACCACACCAUUCCUCAGCGUCGCCAACUGGGGAGGCGUUGCUCUUCACCUUCGCGGCAAUGUACGGGCAUUCAUGUUUGCGUCGGCCCCGCUCAAAUACAUACGCUUUAUUGUUGGACGUCACGACUUGCCCUUCUACUACGAUGAGGAGGUCGAGAACCAGCGCUCGUUUCUAGACGCGUUUCUGAAGGGACAAGACACUAAGGGCUGGACUAUUCCUGGAAAGAUCCCUCCGGUCGAUCUGGUGGUGAGAAAGGGAGAGCCCGCGGUAGCAAACGUUGCAGAAGAGCAGAAAGUGUUCCAAAGGCGAGCGGAGUGGGAGUGGCCUCUUGCUAGGACUGAGUAUCGGAAGUGGUUUUUGAGUUCGACAGGCGAACUUGCAACCACACAGUCCGUCACAGAGCAAAAGGUCUUUGAAUAUGCCGCUCCCGAGUAA